UAGUGGUGAACUGAUCUGUUAAGUAGCUGUAAGUUUGACUUCGAGAACAUUAAAUGUCUCCUACUCCUUCUCUUACUCUCUGAAAAAGUCUUCCAAAUCGUGAGGGGAAUCCAAGAGUUAUAGAUCUAAAUCUCUUAGAUCUGACUUCAUGGGUUACUCUCAUCUUCUUCUACUCUCUCUCUUACUCGCAGUUUCUUCAAGUUUUGUCUCUUCUUCCACAUACGUAGAAGAACAAAAGAGAGACAGGAUCACUCAGUUACCUGGACAGCCUAGUAACGUCGAUUUCAGACAGUACUCAGGUUACGUCACCGUGAAUGAACAACGUGGAAGAGCUUUGUUCUACUGGCUGGUCGAGUCCCCAACGACCCGUGACCCGAAGUCUCGACCUUUGGUCCUGUGGCUCAAUGGAGGUCCAGGCUGUUCCUCUGUUGCUUAUGGUGCUGCUGAAGAAGUUGGUCCGUUUCGUGUUGGGUCUGAUGGGAAAACUCUGCAUCCAAAACUCUAUGCUUGGAACAAAUUGGCGAACUUGCUUUUCUUGGAGUCUCCAGCUGGAGUUGGUUUCUCAUAUACAAACUCAACUUCAGAUCUUUACACAACCGGUGAUCAGAGAACUGCUGAAGAUUCAUAUAGGUUUCUUGUCAACUGGUUUGAGAGGUUUCCACAAUACAAACACAGAGACUUUUACAUUGUUGGAGAAAGCUAUGCAGGCCAUUUUGUUCCUCAGCUGUCUAAGCUUGUCCAUGAAAGAAACAAAGGAUUCAAGAACCCUCCUAUAAACCUCAAAGGUUUUAUGGUGGGAAAUGCUGUUACAGAUGACUAUCAUGACUACAUAGGAACAUUUGAGUAUUGGUGGAAUCAUGGUCUCAUAUCUGAUUCCACUUAUCACCAGCUAAAGACAGCCUGCUACUCAGUAUCCUCCCAGCAUCCUUCUUUACAGUGUAUGGAAGCUUUGAGAAGUGCUGAACUAGAGCAAGGAAACAUCGAUCCGUACAGCAUUUUUACAAAACCUUGCAACAAUACUGUACAGCUCAAGAGCUUCUUAAAGGGUCGCUAUCCAUGGAUGUCAAGAGCUUAUGAUCCCUGUACAGAGAGGUAUUCGAAUGUGUACUUUAACCGUGUGGAAGUUCAGAAGGCUCUACAUGCAAAUGUCACUCGCUUAUCUUACCCUUGGAAGUCAUGCAGUGACAUUGUGGGAAACUAUUGGACAGAUUCUCCUGUUUCUAUGCUACCAAUAUACAGAGAAUUGAUUACUGCAGGUCUCAAAAUUUGGGUCUUCAGUGGAGAUACAGAUGCGGUGGUUCCUAUAACUGCAACCAGAUACUCUAUAGAUGCACUGAAGCUGGCAACCAUCACAAACUGGUAUCCGUGGUAUGAUCAUGGCAAGGUUGGUGGAUGGAGUCAAGUGUACAAAGGACUUACAUUAGUGACAGUGACAGGAGCUGGUCAUGAAGUGCCUCUACAUCGUCCUCGUCAAGCCUUUAUUAUUUUCAGAUCAUUCUUAGAGAACAAACCUAUGCCAAUGUCCUGAAAACAUACCUUGGGUGGAAUCUCUUCCCCAAAUACCUAUUCUUUCUUAUUCAUCCUCGUCAUGAAUAAAUCCAAUGUUUCUUUAA